UUGUUAAUUUCCUAUGGACCCCUUCAGUUCUUCAAUACUACUGACAUGCAAAAGAUUCAUACAUUGAAGUUCUCAUUGGAUGAGGAGAAUACUCAGAAUCUUACUCUGCUUCUUCCCAGUACCUGGAGUGGGUCCUUGCUGGAGUACCAGAUCAAUAUCACAAGUCUACUCUCUACCAGCUCUGUUGCAGUCUCUGUCAGCCUCUUUUCCAGCCUCUGCCAAUACUUCCAUGUGCCCAGCCUGACAUGGAGAACAGAUGGCAUGAGCCCAAGCAAUGCCAGCCUUCCCCAUCAAGCCGUGUGCCGGGCCCAGCAUCUAACUCUGUUUGGAGCAAGUCUGUUUGUGCCUCCGCACCAACUCAUAUGGUUGUCCCCUUCUCCCCGUCGGUGGACACUUGCACUGCUGUGCUGCUUGGUUCUCCUAUCUCUAUAUCUGCUGCUGGUCCUGAUAACGCACAAGCUGGACCAUCUGGACUUGUCACGGGUAGGAACCAUUCCUCUGUGUGGUCCGCAAGGCCAGUACAGAUACUGGGUGCUGGUGAAGACAGGCUGGAGGAGGGAGGCAGGCACUACUGCCCAUGUUGGCAUAAACCUGUAUGGGUUAAACAAAAGUGGAGCCCGUCACUUGAACAGCAAGGGAGGCUUAACCACAGGAAGCGUCAAUAUGUUCCAGGUUGAAACAGACACCAACUUGGGAGAGAUCUGGAAGAUCCGUGUGUGGCAUGACAACACUGGAUUGGAGCCAUCAUGGUUUCUUCUGCAAUAUGUUGCUGUAUGGGACAAGCAGACCGAUUUCCUCUACUUCUUCCUGGUGAAUGACUGGCUGUCUGUAGAGAAUGAGCGGAAUGGAGGACGAGUGGAGAAAGAAAUUCUGGCAACCUGUCCUCAAGAGUUCAGCAGCUUCUCCCAGGUAUUCCCCCAGCAGAUCUUCCUCGGUUUUACAGACUGGCACCUCUGGAUGUCUGUGUGGUGGCGUCCUGCACAAAGCCGGUUUACACGUGUUCAGAGAGUCACCUGUUGUGCAUUGGCACUUCAUCUCUACAUGACAAUCUGUUCGUUGUGGUAUGGGGCCACUGGAAUUCAAGAGGGAAGCUCUGUUAUAGGACUACAGUCUCUGGUUACAUGGGAAAGUAUCUUUAUCGGGAUACUUGCAUCUGUGAUGGUUGUGCCUGUACAACUUUUUUUCUCAUUUCUUUUUAGGGAGACCCGUAGCUUGGUAUUUGUAGAGGAUUGUGCUACCUCCACCCAAUCUACAGAACAGGAUGUUCAUAUGGAUACAGCAUCCCUUUUAUCCUUACCUGGAAAAGCCGACUCUCUACUGGACAUCAGUUCGCUCAGCUGUGCUUCCAUAAGCAGCAGCAAAUUUACAUUUGACCUUGAAAAAGAUGGCAGCUGGUUUGCAGAAAGGUCUGGACCUGUCUGGAUGUCCUCCUGUGAGAGUUUAUAUGAUGCCCGUGGUGAUAUCCUUACUGAGUCAGGACUUGGUUUCAUGCAACCUCUGUGCAAGGAGCAAAAGAAGGACCAGAAGGGGUUCCUGUCAUCCUGCAGCUCAGGAGAUGACCCUCUGUCAUUAUCGGAGGGGUCCAGCAGCAGUCCACAUUUUACUCUUUCAGAGGAAAAUUUACUUCAGUCCAUUGCUGCAGACACUCAAGUGUGGAAGUGCAGUGAAGAAUCAGACAGUGGCAGGUUUUCACCCCGACCAGAUCUUGGCUCACCCAGCACUGAAAGUGGGUACAGCCUCAUGACAGAGAAUGAAGACUGCUUUAUGACUCAAUGUUGGAGUGAGAGCCACCAGUGGAGUGAUACUAAAAGAAAAUCAUUCUCUUCUUCUUCUUGUGUCUCCGAGGGGACCAGUAAUGAUUCUGAGCUUCAGGAAUGCUGGGAUAUCCCAUCAGCCUCUCCUUCCCCUUUUACAACUCGCAUUGGGGUUCGAUGGAAGCCUCCUGGAUGGCUAUUCCCUCCCUGGAUGCUGUUGGUAGUUUAUAUAAUGUCAUUCAUGCUGUUAGCUGGUUGUGUUGCCGUCACCGUCCUCUAUACCUCAUCGCUUUCUGAACAUGGUUUCUUCCUAUGGCUCAUAUCAUGUACCUGUGCACUGCUGUCAUCUGCUGUGCUGCUGGAGCCACUCAAGGUGGUGUGUGCUUUCACUGUACUAUGCUCUAUACUGCCCCCCAGUGCUUAGUGAAGGUAUGGGUUUGGUGGAGGAGCCCCUUAUUAGGAAGAUAAUGGAUCACCCCGAGAAAGUCCGAGCACCAGGGGGAUUUGGCCUACAGCAGGCAAAAGAGGAAGCAAGGAGAGUGCGUGCACUGAGGUCCAUGAUUCAGAGUUGUACGGGUUACAUGGCUUUCCUUUUUCUGGUGCUGCUGAUGUAUUUCCACGUCAGUUUUCAUGACAACAACAUCCGACUCCUUCACUCGACUAUAAAGCACUCUAUUACUGACUCCACCUUUGAAAAUAAUACAAUACGAAGUGCUUCUAACGCAUGGCACUGGCUACACAUCACACUACCUGCUCACCUGUACCGGGAUCAUCGACUGAAACUCAUGAGGUCACCUCGUUUGUGCCGGCUUCAUAGUCUACCUUCUAACGUGUUAGGUUGGGCUUCGACUCUACAGUCUCCGCCACUCUCACAGCCAGGCACUAAUUUUACUGUGGGGUCAAACUUUCCAAUGGAUUCUGCAAGCUUGCUAAAGAAACCAUGUUUUGAACUUGGUGACACAAAGGAGAAGGCGUUCAACUUGAUCCGAGCCUUGAAUAACUUUCAUUGGAUCAGUAAGAGCAUUCUUCAAGUGGAGAUCACACAGUAUCACAAAGAUGUUGGUCUUUAUAUUUCCACCAUUGUUCAUCUGGAUCUGUCGCCCUAUGGAAGCAGGGCUUUCAAGCUCUCCAUCCUCCCAUUCCAUCUUGAGAAGCCAGGACAUGGUCUGAAUCUGCCUAUGGCACUAGCAUUCUCCCUCUUGCUUGCUGCUCUGCUUUUUCUGUAUCCUGAACUGGCUGCCUUAGUUGGAUUCUGCUCUUCAGGUUCAUCCUACUCUCCCCGCUGGACGCGGCUACUUCUUGGGUUGGCAUCUGCAGCCACAGGUUUUGUGCACAUUGGCAGAGUUUGGCUAACAAAGCAUCGGAUGGAACAAUAUCAGGCAAAACCCUGGGCGUUUAUCAGCCUGUAUGAUGUAGCAUUGCUUUCGCGAACACAGGUUGCCCUGUCUGCCACUCUGCUAUUACUGAUCAUGUUGAAGGUUGCACAACAGUUUCGGUUUGUGCGGCGCUGGGCGGUGUUUGUUAAAACAUUCCAGUUGUUAUGGAAGGAAUUACCUGGUUUGGUACUUUUUAUUGCUGCCUUUAUGCUGGCACUGACUCAUUGCAUUAACCUGGUGACCGUUGUAUUAUUACCAGCACUCAGUAUCUCCUGCAACAAAAUUUCUGACUUGCUGUGGAAUGGUCAGAGCUUCUGGCCCAUGCUAAAGUGUAUCCCUUGUCUUGGAUGGUUGGGUCUGAGUGUCUUGCUGGUGUGCAGGGGGCUUCUGUGUGGUUCAGUACUGACUAGUUAUCGUCGUACCCGAGUAGAAUGUUACCGUCUGGCUCUCGAACCUCAAGAUUACGAGAUGAUUGACUUCUUUGUGAAAAGGUUUAAGCUGUGGCUGGGAGUCAACAAAGUGAAAGAGUAUCGCCAUAGCGUGAGAUUUGAAGGCCAGGGACCUAAUUCGACCAGAUCAUCCCCAGCCUCCUCCCAUAUGCCAGCUAAGACUGAACUGGUUCAUCGGCCACCUUCAGCCGAAGAACAAGACCUGUUUUCUUCAAGCAGUCCUCGCCCUGUUCUUUCACCUGCUCUGGCAGUGGAACAUCUUCCCAGAGCAAUCUCAGACCUGCUGGAAAAAAUGGACAAAGUCACCCUGGUCCUGAAAGAAGUGAGCACCUUGGAGCAGAGACUCAGACUUUGGCAAAUAAUGCAUACAUCUACCAAGGUGCUGCAUAAAGAAACUCCCAUCCCCACAAUUGAUAAGCAACUUCUACCUCGGACAUACAGUACUUUUUCUGAAUCUGCCCUAACUCGCAUAAAGUCAAGGAUUGUCAAGUCUAACAGCUACAGGUUCUCACGCUGGGCAGCACCUUUAAAUAUAGGCUUGCCAAGGCACCCUGCAUCAGCUGGCCAGUGCGGCAGAGCCAAAUUGCCAACAAGGAGACCCCACAGUCAAGAUAGUUCACAAGGCCUCAAACAAAAUGAAGAUCUUAAUUGUCCAUUUCCUCUGAAACGUAGAGCCUGGGACUCAGAGAAACCAGGGCCGUUGUACCACAGUCCAAGUGUGACUAGUGUUAAAGGGAGUACAUUGUCUUAA